AUGUCAGCCACAUUUCCCGGCCUGGUCCAUGAUUCCGAGAUACGUCAUGACGGGUCCAACAGUUAUCGUCUAAUGCAACUCGGUUGCCUCGAGAGCGUCGCCAACUCUUCGGUGGCCUACAGCUCGUCCUCGCCGCUCACAGCCUACCCCCCGGCAGCCACAGAGUUCGCCUCGCCCUACUUCUCCACCAACCACCAGUACACCCCCCUGCACCACCAGUCCUUCCACUAUGACUUCCAGCACUCCCACCCAGCCGUGGGCCCAGAAGCAUAUGGUCUCAACUCUCUCCACUCCGGGCAGUACUACCAGCAGAUUCACCAUGCAACACAUGGAGAUGCAGACUUCAUCAACCUGCACAGUGCCCGUGCACUCAAGUCCUCGUGCCUGGAUGAUCAGCAGAGGCGCGAGUUGGGCUGCCUGGACGCUUACCGGCGACAUGACCUGUCUUUGAUGACGUCACACGGCGGACAGUAUAGCAUGCACCACGACCAGAGGCUGCUGCCUGCGGCAGGUCUGGGGCUCCCAACCCCUGGGGUGGAUGACCUGCAGGGCUCCGUCGAGGCGCAGUGCGGGCUCAUGCUCAAUGGCCAAGGUGGCGUCAUCCGAAGAGGAGGUACCUGUGUGGUGAACCCGACAGAUCUGUUCUGCUCUGUCCCUGGCCGUCUGUCCCUCCUGAGCUCAACCUCCAAAUAUAAAGUCACCAUCGCUGAGGUGAAGAGACGCCUCUCGCCUCCAGAGUGUCUCAACGCCUCACUACUGGGAGGAAUCCUCCGCAGAGCUAAGUCUAAGAAUGGUGGUCGUUGUCUGAGAGAGAAGUUGGAUCGACUGGGACUCAACCUGCCAGCUGGUCGGAGAAAAGCUGCCAAUGUUACACUCCUCACCUCUCUGGUGGAAGGUGAGGCGCUCCACCUGGCUAGAGACUUUGGUUAUACGUGUGAGACAGAGUUUCCUACCAAGGCAGUAGGAGAACACCUUGCCAGUCAACACAAUGAACCCAAGGAGACCAACGCACGCAAGAAGAUGGUGCUGGCCACCAAGCAGAUCUGUAAAGAGUUCCAGGACCUGUUGAGUCAGGACCGUUCUCCUCUUGGCUCCUCCAGACCCACACCUAUACUGGACCUGGAUAUACAGAGACACCUCACACACUUCAGUCUGAUCACCCAUGGGUUUGGGACUCCGGCGGUGUGCGCAGCUCUUAGCACCUUCCAGACCGUUCUCAGUGAGAUGCUCAACUUCUUGGACAAACAAUCUGCCGCUGGGAACCAUGGGAAAACCUCAGGUCAGGAGACCGAAAAGACCGGAAACGCCCGUAAAAACAGCGAACCGCUCAAUAAAGAGGAGAAAGCUGAAAAGACAGAGUAACCCCUUCCCUGUGCCUUGGGAGGAUGAGCUAUGGAGGCAGAUAUGUUUAUUAAUUCUGAAAAACAGGAAGUGGGGACAUGGACUUCUGGUCACCGCCAUCUGGGAGCCAACAGGAGAGGAGCACACCGUUCUUCCUUCAGCCUCCACCUGAACAGUGCAAUUAAUGCCAUCAGAGUGUUUACCAUUUUAGAAUUGUGAGACUGGGGUCUGGGGUUACCAUGUUGGUGAGACUGGGGUUACCAUGUUGGUGAGACUGUGAGACUGGGGUUACCAUGUUGGUGAGACUGGGGUCUGGGGUUACCAUGUUGGUGAGAGUGUGAGACUGGGGUUACCAUGUUGGUGAGACUGUGAGCCUGGGGUUACCAUGUUGGUGAGAGUGUGAGACUGGGUUUACCAUGUUGGUGAGAGUGUGAGACUGGGGUUACUAUGCUGGUGAGACUGGGGUCUGGGGUUACCAUGUUGGUGAGAGUAUGAGACUGGGGUUACUAUGUUGGUGAGAGUGUGAGACUGGGGUUACCAUGUUGGUGAGAGUGUGAGCCUGGGGUUACCAUGUUGGUGAGAGUGUGAGCCUGGGGUUACCAUGUUGGUGAGAGUGCGAGACUGGGGUUACCAUGUUGGUGAGAGUGCGAGACUGGGGUUACCAUGUUGGUGAGAGUGCGAGCCUGGGGUUACCAUGUUGGUGAGAGUGUGAGACUGGGUUACUAUGUUGGUGAGAGUGUGAGACUGGGGUUACUAUGUUGGUGAGAGUGUGAGACUGGGGUUACUAUGUUGGUGAGAGUGUGAGACUGGGGUCUGGGGUUACUAUGUUGGUGAGAGUGUGAGACUGGGGUUACUAUGUUGGUGAGACUGGGGUCUGGGGUUACCAUGUUGGUGAUAGUGUGAGACUGGGUUUACCAUGUUGGUGAGAGUGUGAGACUGGGGUUACUAUGUUGGUGAGACUGGGGUCUGGGGUUACUAUGUUGGUGAGAGUGUGAGACUGGGGUUACUAUGUUGGUGAGAGUGUGAGACUGGGUUACUAUGUUGGUG